AUGAGCUCAGUGUCAAAGGAAUUGAUAACAGGGAUUGUGUAUGCGAAGAAUGCUAGAGCUGUUUGGGAAGAUUUGAGGGAACGAUUUGAUAAGAUGAACAUUUCACGAGUGUAUCAGAUGCAUAAAGCAAUAGCUACAAUUACUCAAGGAGCUGAUAGUGUGUUAGUGUAUUUCUCCAAACUUCGUAAUAUCUGGAAUGAGUUUGACAACAUGAAGGUCUUACAGUUUUUUAUGGGCUUGAAUAAAACCUACGAACAAGCUAGAAGCCAAAUCUUGAUGAUUAGCCCUACACCAAGAAUUAAUAAGGCAUAUUCAAUGUUGGUUGAGAGGGAAAGCCAAAGAUCAGUGGCCAACAUCAUGACAGCAGGGGAUGUAAGUGAUUCUGCAGCUCUUUUGGCUGGUUUCAAAGGGAAGAAGAAAAUGAACAAUGCAUAUAAUGCUUGUGCUGAAAACAAUCAGCCCAAUGUAACUGCUCGAAAUACAUGA